AUGAUUUAUAAUUACAAGGGCGAGGACUACUUGUUACAUCUGGUGGAUACUCCAGGCCAUGUGGAUUUCCGUGCAGAGGUGUCGCGAAGUUAUGCCAGCUGCGGUGGUGCCAUUCUCUUGGUGGAUGCCAGUCAAGGUGUCCAGGCGCAAACGGUUGCCAACUUCUAUUUGGCGUUUGCGCAAGGCCUCGAGCUGAUUCCUAUCCUCAACAAGGUUGACUUGCCAUCUUCGGAUCCAGAGCGGGCUCUGGAGCAGAUGAGGAGCACUUUUGAGAUUGACACGGAGAACGCGGUGAUGGUUUCGGCCAAGACUGGAUUGAAUGUUCCAGCUGUGCUACCGACAGUCGUGGAGAAAAUUCCCGCACCUAUUGGCGAUACUCAAAAACCUCUUCGCAUGCUGCUUGUGGAUUCUUGGUACGACUCCUACAAGGGCGUGAUUUUGUUAGUCCGUGUGUUCGACGGCGAGGUGCGUGCAGGCCAGCAACUCGUCUCAUUUGUUACGGGACUCAAGUACUAUGUGGGCGAAGUUGGCAUUAUGUAUCCAACCGAGACCGCGCAAACUGUCCUCCGUGCAGGCCAGGUCGGUUACAUCUACUUCAACCCAGGCAUGAAGCGGAGUAAAGAAGCCAAGAUCGGCGAUACCUUCACCAGGGUUGGCUCAGAAAAGCUCGUAGAGCCUUUGCCGGGUUUCGAAGAGCCAAAGUCGAUGGUCUUCGUCGCAGUAUAUCCAGUGAAUGCGGAUCAUUUCGAGCACUUGGAAGACAGCAUCAACCAGCUCAUCCUGAAUGACCGAAGUAUCACCGUGCAAAAAGAGUCGUCUGAGGCUUUAGGCGCCGGGUUCCGCAUGGGAUUCUUAGGCACUCUCCAUUGCUCCGUGUUCGAGGACCGUCUCAGGCAAGAGCACGGCGCCAGUAUCAUCAUUACACCUCCUUCCGUCCCGGUUAAGGUCGUGUGGAAAGAUGGCGCCGAGGAUAUUAUCACAAAUCCAGCUAAAUUCCCCGAUGACGAUAGCGUCCGGCUCAAGGUUGCGGAGGUCCAAGAGCCCUAUGUUUUGGUCACCUUGACAUUCCCGGAAGAAUACCUAGGAAAGGUCAUUGAGCUUUGCGAAGCCAACCGAGGCGAGCAAAUUAGCAUUGAAUAUUUUACUACGACGCAGGUCAUCAUGAAGUAUGAACUGCCUCUAGCGCACUUGGUUGAUGACUUCUUCGGAAAACUGAAAGGAGGCACCAAGGGCUACGCCAGUCUGGACUACGAAGAAUCCGCAUGGCGAGCAGGUAACAUUGUCAAGCUGCAGCUUCUGGUCAACAAAGAGCCCGUGGAUGCUGUAGCACGAAUCAUGCAUUUGAGCCAGGUGAACCGACAAGGAAGAAUUUGGGUUACCAAGUUCAAGGAGCACGUCGACCGACAGCUCUUCGAGAUCAUCAUCCAAGCUGCUGUUGGCAAGAAGAUUAUUGCGCGUGAGACCAUCAAGCCAUACCGUAAGGACGUUUUGGCCAAGCUGCAUGCCAGUGAUGUGAGUCGGCGCCGCAAGCUGCUUGAGAAGCAAAAAGAAGGCCGCAAGAGGCUGCGGGCCGUUGGAAAUGUGGUGAUCGAACAUAAGGCAUUCCAAGCAUUCUUGGCUAAAUAG